GACAGAUGGGAUAACCUGGCUCCCCCCCCAACCCAUCCUCCUGUUGCCUAAUCUUGUUGGUUGAGUAGAGGCGACUGUAGGGAGGGCAACUGGGCAUCCACCCUUGCUCACACGCUCUGCUGGCACCAUUUAAUGACCCCAGGCAGCACACAGGAUAUGGAAGGACUGUUUGAAAGUUUCCAUGAGAGGAAUAUGAGGAUGUACGGUUGGGGGUGCAUAGAGCAAUGUCUUUUGUUGGCUAAUGGGAGAAACUUGAUGAGGACCGUUUAAUGCAAAUCUGAGCGCCCUCCUACUGUUUGUGCAGCAUCCCAACUAUAUUAUAGGAUAUUAUAAUUUCAAGUUUUGUUGAUAGUCAAAUAUAAGCCAUGUCAACUGAAGCUUUACACAACAGCGGUGUCUACAGCUAUUUCCUGAACAUGGUGGCUUACCAGGUAUGCUGUUGUUGUGGUCCAGCACCAUGUUCGUUGUGUUGCUCCUUCUGUCCACCCAUCAAAUCAUCAUCCAGCACACGGAUCAUGUACACUUUAUUCCACAUCCUGGCCUGCACUGUUUCAUGUCUCAUGCUGUCUAAGACUGUCUCAGAGGCAGUGAGAGAGAAUGUGCCUUUCUUUAAUGUGGUCUGCGAUGAGGCUCAUGGUGGAGGGAACUGUCAGAUGUUGGUGGGGUACUCGGCUGUAUACAGGGUGUGCUUUGGCACAGCUUGUUUCUACUUGAUGAUGGCAAUCUGUCUGAUUGAUGUAAAAUCCAGUCAGGAUUUUAGAGCCCUCAUCCACAAUGGGUUCUGGUUUCUCAAGUUCAUCACCUUGCUUGGAAUGAUAGCUGCUGCCUUCUUUAUUCCCACAGAAUCCUUUGUGCAUGCCUGGCAUUAUGUUGGAGUGGUGGGGGGCUUUGCUUUCAUCCUCAUUCAGCUCAUUCUCAUCACUGCUUUCGCACACACCUGGAAUAAGAACUGGUUAACCGGUGCAGCUGAGAAUAAGAGGUGGUAUGUGGCAAUCAUGUGUGCUACGCUCUUUUUCUACACCAUCGCCACAAUGGCCUUCACUUUCAUGUACAAAUACUACACUCACCCAGCUGGAUGCCACCUCAAUAAAGGCCUGUUAUGGACAAACCUGACCCUCUGCGCCAUCAUGUCUUUCAUCGCAGUCACUCCCUGUGUGCAACAAAAACAGCCACGCUCAGGACUUCUGCAAGCGUCCAUCAUUUGCUGUUAUGUGAUGUACCUGACCUUUUCUGCCCUUUCCAGCCGGCCACCUGAGAAAGUGGAGUAUCUGGGGGUCAACAUGACAGUGUGCUACCCCAAAGUCAGCCGGGAUGAAAUUCAAAACGAGGGCAAUGCUGUGGCCAUUAUUGGGGCUGCAAUCAUGUACUGCUGCGUUCUCUUUGCAUGUAAUGAGGCUUCAUACUUAGCUGAGGUCUUUGGACCUUUCUGGAUGAUAAAAGUUUAUCGCUACGAAUUCCAAAAAGCCAGCUGUUGUUUCUGCUGCCCAGAGCAAGAAGAUGAGGAGGAGUUUGUCAUCGAUGAAAACAAAGGCUGUCAGAAGGUCAUCCACAAUGAAGCACAACGUGUUGCCUACAGCUACUUCUUCUUCCAUUUCGUCUUCUUUCUGGCCUCCCUCUACGUAAUGAUGACCCUCACUAAUUGGUUCAGUUAUGAGACCGCUGUACUGGAGACCACCUUCACCCAUGGGAGUUACUCCACAUUCUGGGUCAAGCUGACAUCUUGCUGGGCUUGUGUGGUUCUUUAUCUGUGGCUUCUCCUAGGCCCCCUUUGCCACUGCCAGUCAGAUCGCAAACGCCCUCGCCGCGCCCGCAUCAAGAGACGGACCGCCAACCAACGCCAUGUAGUGUGUGAAUCGGUUUUUCACCUUGAAGGCAAUGGGUCACUCCAGAACUCUGCACAUUAUAAUGAGCACCGAUGCUCCUGCUAAUCCGAUUAGGAUUAAAAUGACCAGCACAGUGAAUGCAAUUUAACAUGGGCAUGAAAACAUUAACCAUGUUUCAGACUGUAUGAGCAUACCUGUGGGGAUGUUCUUAAAAUUGCCAAAAGGAAUAUGCAAUGA